CUUCCAACGUCAACCUGACAGCCGCUUCGGCUGCGCUCAUUCAGCGCCGGAGAUCCUCCGUGUUUGCUGCUCUGUGCCGGAGCCGAUCACUGAAGACUGUUUGGGGAUUGCCUGGAGAGUUUAUUCCCCCUCAAACCUCUGCGCUGCCGGUGGAUUUUAUUCUCUGAUCUGCUGCUGGUGAAGGAUCGAGCAGCUUGGUUAUGGCCAGAAGGAAGAUGGAGAACAUCAGGCAUAGCUGGAUGGUGGCGCUCAUUCUACUGUGUAAUCUAACAAAGGCAAGCAUGGAAGUUAAUGACACCCAACAGCAGCAUCCAACCAACGUCUAUCAUGACAUCGGGCUCACCAGGAACAAGAUUGUAACUGCUCAGUUUGAGUGCUAUCAGAAGAUAAUGAAGGACGAUGUCAACAGCAGAGAAGCAGAGCCUAUGUGUAAUCGUACUUGGGAUGGCUGGCUUUGCUGGGACGACACUAGGGCAGGUUAUGUGUCAGAGCAGCACUGCCCAGACUACUUCCAGGAUUUUGAUCCCUCAGAGAUGGUGACAAAGAUUUGCACAGACAGCGGUCACUGGUUCCUGCAUCCAGAGAGCAACAGGACUUGGACCAACUAUACUCGCUGCAAUGAGCACACUAAUGAAGGCAGAGUGACUGCGAUGAAUCUUCUCUACUUAGCUCUCAUAGGACAUGGACUGUCUCUGAUCUCUCUCUUCAUCUCACUCGGCAUAUUCUUUCACUUCAAGAGUUUAAGUUGCCAAAGGAUCACGCUUCACAAAAACCUCUUCUUUUCCUUUGUCCUGAACUCUGUGAUUACAAUCAUUUGGCUGACAGCUGUGGCAAACAACCAGGAGCUGGUGCAGAGGAACCCGACUAGCUGUAAAGUGUCCAUGUUCAUCCAUCUAUACCUGUUUGGCUGUAAUUAUUUCUGGAUGCUGUGUGAGGGAAUUUACCUGCACACACUCAUCGUUGUGGCUGUGUUUGCAGAGAAGCAGCACCUGAUGUGGUACUAUCUCUUAGGCUGGGGAUUUCCUCUCAUUCCAGCUUCCAUUCAUGCUACUGCUAGAAGCUACUACUACAAUGACAACUGUUGGUUAAGCUCCAAAACAUCUCUACUCUACAUCAUCCAUGGUCCCAUCUGUGCUGCACUUCUGGUCAAUUUGUUUUUUCUUCUAAACAUCGUACGAGUGCUCAUCACCAAACUGAAGGUGACCCACCAAGCAGAGUCAAGCCUCUACAUGAAGGCGGUGAGAGCCACCCUCAUCCUGGUGCCUCUGCUGGGAAUCCAGUAUGUCCUUCUCCCCUACAAACCAGAGGGACGGGUCUCGUCUGAAAUCUACGACUACAUCAUGCACAUACUCAUGCAUUACCAGGGUUUGCUGGUGGCCACCAUCUUCUGUUUUUUCAACGGAGAAGUACAAGCGGUGCUGAGGAGACACUGGAACCAGUAUAACAUACAGUUUGGCAGCAGCGUAGGAAACCACUCAGACGCCCUGCGUUCAGCCUCCUACACAGCGUCCUCCAUCACAGAAGUGCAGGGCUGCUACAGCAUCGAUGGACACUCGGAACACAUGAACGGAAAGGGCUGCUUCGACACAGACGCCUCCAUGUUAAAGUCAGACAGUCCCUUCGCCUGACAACAACACCCUGAAAACCUUUCCCAACCAUCGCCGGUUAAAAACUGCAGCAUUUUUGGACCUGUGGAUGAAAUCUAAGUGGCAGCCAGGCAGGAAAAGGAUUUUAUACCCACGCUGUCACCCAUCUAAGGGAAACUUUGUCACAUAAGGACCAUGACUGUAUGGUGAGCUUGAUAAAACUGUUCUUGCGCUGUUUCGUCAAAAAUAUCAACUGAAUUGCUUCACUUGGACUAAGAUGCGUUCGGAUAACUACAGUAUAUCUCUGCCUGACUGAACAGUUUUUAUAUGGACUGAUUUCAGCUGCUUGAUCGUCUUUUUGGCGUCAUGCUGUGCACAAAAGCCUUUGGUUACACUGUAAAUUCUUUUGACAUAGUUAGUGCCAAACCAAGUAUCCCUGCUUGCCUCAUGUGUUAUUUUUCAUGACUGGAUCGGAGCAGAGUCAUCAAGCAGAUGCAUUUUCUUGUAUUAGAGUUAUAUCUUUCACAUGUAAACUUAAUUUAUCCGAACAUGAUUGUUAAAUAAAUAAGGAAAUAAAUACCACACAGUAUUUAUUGAAGUUGACAUACUACAUUUUCCAAAAGUAGUUGAUUAACAUCGAUAGGACUUAAUGCCAGCGUCAUAUUCACUUUCUAUGUUUGUUUCAGUGUUUGUUUAAAUAAUGGAGAAGGAUGACAGAACCAUACUGCAAGCUUGCUAGCUUAAUUUUUAUAUAAUUUUAUUUGGAGACUAAAUUGUGGUUGUUAUAAAGUAGUGAUAUGACAUAAUCACUCUAAGAUCUGCUCAGCACACUUGAAUGUAAGAUAAACUCUGAAAACUUGGUUCAGUUCAUAUAUGCAUCACAUUCCGGUUAACUCCUGUCUUUAAGCCUUACUACUACAACAUAAAACCAACAAGCAAGUGUUCAGACAGGCAAAAGCACCAUAUUAAAUAAGCAAAGGGGCCAUGUCAUUGUUGAUAACAGGGAGAAAAAAAGUUAAACUAUGAUCAAGGACAGUUUGACUAAUACAUCUACCUUUAAAGGAUGUUUUUUGUUUUAUCUUACCUGACACACCAGGUAGACUCGUUCAUGUAUCCAUUGCAUGGAUAUAUUUCCCAUCCAUGUGAAUGGCUGAGCUUCUCUGUAAAUAAAAUUUAUGCCAAAGCUAGUCAUGAGACAUGCAAAAACCUUGAAAGCCUUGAAAAAGCUUUUAAAAAAGUUAUUUCAGACCCCUAUUUUCAUAAAUGAACACUGUACAUAAACCAAUAAGAAAUGUCGCAUCGGCUUUGUCCACUUUAUACACACGGCUUUGACAAAGAUGGCAUGGUGUGUUUGGUUUUGCACUUGCAAUCAGUACAGGCACACUGUAGUUCAGUGUUGUCAGCAAACUGGGUACAAAAAUCCACUGGAAGCAGCUUCUCUUUUUAACAUUUGGCGCUCAGUUAAAAAUGUUUCUACUUUUGGAACAGCGCUUUGCCCAUCAAUAUCAUCGCUUCCUCAGCAACCAAUGAAAAUCAAGAAGAGGCAUGACUUUUCAUACCAGCUUUGUCAACAACAAUGGCGGAAAACAAACUAACCUGAUUGUGUCUUUUUGAGGAACAAUUUCCAGGUGUACAGCUGCUGCUUAUGCAAGGACAGGAGUCUUCCAUGACUAUUCUUAGUCAAAGUGAUACUGCCCCUUAUAAAGGGAACUAUUAAGCACACAGAGCCUUUAACAAAAGACCAAACAGAUACUAUCUGACAACUCACUGGUGAGAAGUGCUCUGAGACCAGGUUGUCGGCCCCGUCUCCUCUAUAGAAAAAUGCCCUUAAUAUUGUGCUGUCAGUCUGAACACGCCAAUGACAUGUGAUGAUAUUAUCAUGCAUUAUUAAACAAAAUCAACAUUUAAAAGAAAUCGUAAGAACUGCCAGAAAAAGAUCAACAUCUUGGAGAAGCUUUAAGUAGAAUCAGGCUCAUAAAGCUGUUGGACUCUCAGUCGUGCUUUAAUUUCAUCCACAUAAACACAGAACAUUUAUCUGAUUUCUUAAGUUUAGAGCAUUAUCACACAGUCCACAGUGCUGGGAACAUAGGUCACUAUCAGCUUAUGUAAAUAUAUUUUUUUAUAAAUCUAGAGUUUCUGAAAGAGUGCAAGUUGAACUUGUGCGUAUGUGUGCGUGUGUGCAUGACUCUAUAUCCAGUAUUUAUGAGUACAUUAUAUUCUGGAGUUUUUAUCAUGAAGCAGCCAUUUAAUGUGACAGUGUGUGGAUGCUGAUCUACUUGUGUGUUUAAAAAAAGAAAACGGUGGAUAAUGUGCUGGGGUUGCCAAUGAAGGCUUGUAACAAGCUACUGUAUUUGUCUUCACAUUUUUGUCACUUCUGUCACCUUUUACUUUGUAUGUGAAAGCUCAGACUUUCUCUAUAAGCCAUUCGUGCUGCAUCAGUGAAGAAUAUUAGAAAUAUAAGCAGAGAUGAAAUAGUGGAUUCUUGUUUGUCAACAGAUAUUAUUGCCAGUUUUUAAUUUAUCUCAUUUUUUUCUACUUUGAAUUUGAUGACAUUAUUAUCCUCUGAAGGGGAUCACAGAUGGUUUAUCUGGUUUUAUCACUACCUAACUACUCUAUUGGCACUUACUGCCAAUUUCUAGGAAUCAUCUGAGGUUUUUUCCUCUGUCAAUGAUGUGAUAACAUUGAUUCAUUGGCAGAAUACAAUGGGUAUGCCUUAAUUUAAGGGCUGCAUCCUUUGGUGAGCAUGUUUCAAAGCUAACUGUGUCAAAGGCUGUCCAGUCUUGAUGACUCUAACUCCAAAUAGUUGACAAAUGCAUCCUUAAUUGCCCGGCUUCUGAAGAAUCCAUCUGGUGAAUCUUUCGUGGCUCGACAGAUACAUUUUACACCUUUUUGUUUUUGUUGUUAUUUUCUUUGUCAGAGUAAGACCUUACUAUUAUGAAUGGUGAACAGUACACUGUUAUACUGUGUAUGGAUUAAUUAAAGAAACAAAAAUGAUCAUUGAAGUUGAUCAUUGCAUAAAUGCAUUGAUCCAAAAUUAGCGCAUUAUUUUUUUUAAGACAGAAGCGCUGUAAUUUUCUGGUAGCAUACUUCCAGUUUCAGAUUAUUUCUUUUAUAUAAAAUUCAUCUUUUGCAUAAACAAAUUCUGGCAGUUACAUUUAUUUAUUUAUUUAAACGACCACAUGUACAGACCUGCUUUAGAAGUUACAUUAACAGUGGCUCACUUUAGCUUUAGCUAAAGCUAACAAAGCUACCUUAGAUACGUAGUUAAAAUUGUUACCUAAGCCAAUAUAGCUAAGUUAGCUUAGCAACUUGAGCUUUAGCAAACUUAGCUGAGAUCAUGAAGCUAUGUAAGCUAUAUAGCUAACAUUGGCUUCGUAUAUGUCCAAACUUGGCCUGGGGCCCAAAUGUGCAGUCUAUUUUGAAAUUUUGAAAAUUCUAGAAAUAAAAUAAAAUAUGGCCCACAUUAGGUCAUGAAGUCUGUGCUCAACUGUAUUGUACUUCUUAGUUUCAGCACAAGACAGUGCUACCAAGUUAAUUCUGUAAACAAACAUUUUAACAAGAAUUUUUUUGAUUAAUAAAACCUUGAUGGAUCAUUGCAGCAAAUAGCAGCACCAAGAACAUUUAAGGGGCAGAGCUAGUAGUACCCAGGGGCAAACAGGGCCCCCUGGAAUCAGAUUGCCCCCCUAAACUUCUGUAAAUCUCUAUUCGCCUUGUCAGCCAUUAACAAGAUAUUUAGGUGUACUCACUCACUAAGCCUGUAUUAACUUACAUUGGAUUAGUCUAACAAUAUGCUCAAGGUGAGGUAUGUGAAAGUGGCCCCACCAUUCUUAUAUAUUUCUGUUUGUUGCCCUCAUUGUAAACAAUUUGGACACCCCUGGUUUAGAUAUUCAUGAGCUUCAUGAGCUUUGGCUUUAGCUACAUUUGCUAAGCAGCUUCUUUAUCUACAUAGUUGCAGUAUGCAGCUAACAGAACUCUGUAAGCUAUGUUUGCUACAUUAAAAUGUUUUAAUGGUGAAUGAAGGUUUUCCUGUUAGCAGACCAUUUACUCCGGUUACCUUAACCCUUACCUUUAUUUUAAAAGUGUUUCAUUUUACUAAAAAAAAAAGAAAAAAAAAACCUCACAGAAAGCUCAGGCAAAAGGUCAAAAGUCAUAUCCACCUUGUGUAUUCAAACAUUUACCAUUUUACUGUUCCUUGUAUUCCCUUUUCAAUCCAUAACAAGUUCCUUUUUUUGUGGAUGCCCUGAAAGGUCCAGGGGAAGGAUGGUUGUUGAUGCCAAUGAAGAGUACUCUGUUGUCCACAUCAUUUUGUUUUAUUUAAGCAGUCAAAGUAGACUACAAAAGCUGGGUCCUUUGUGGGCAGCUCUUCAGAAGGAUGCUACCUCUUGAAAUGGGACAUACAAGAUAAAUUCCACUUUAAAAAUGAUUACGAUGUAGCCUUAAACUGCUACCCUGCAACAAAUUUCAGUCAUUUUUUUCUUUCUUUCAUGUUGCUGGGGCUUUAAGCACUUAAUUCUUCAAAGGGCAGAUACAGAGAUUAAACCUAUGUGCUUAUUUCCCCUCUGAAAAGCUUGGCUGCAUAUGUAAAAUACACAGGGAUGUAUUUACAGUACUCUAAUGAAGAGGUCAAAUGAACAGAGGCUGCAGGUUCAUGCAUGUAGUUUUACUUUUUGCAUCAUAUCUGCAGGACAGUGACUCCGUCUAAUAUUUACAUUUAUGGCUGUGACUCUAAUGUAUAACAUUAAGUGAGUAAUGUACUAAACAUCUCCAGUAAACACAACAUCAACUGUGCAGUGAUGCAUCGUAAACAUUAAUGAAGCUACGGCCCUUACAGCACAAGCCAGAGACUUUGGCCCAUUUUUGAUCUUCAUUUCAGUUUUGUAUUUAUGUGUGAAAUAUUUUCUGUAACUCUCCAAAGGGUUUGUGAAGUCUCAGUGACACUUUGGUGAAAUGUUGUAUGAAGAGUCUGACAAAAGCAUCGUGGACGGUUUCAGUAGUUUCUGUUCAUAUUGUACUGUAAUUAACUUUGAUAGUCUUGACACAUCGACUCCACACUGCUGUUUGAAUGUAACUGGUUGUGUUUUAUUCUCUGGAUGUGUAAAAACAUAUAUAUAUAUGAUAUAUUUACGUACAAUGUCUCUUUUUUAUUAUUUGACUGAAUUUUGACAAUGUUGCUAUCUUGUGUGUAUCUAAAUACUAAUACAGUUUAGCACAGCAA